UAAUUAAUUUCAGGACCAAGUGACCCUCCUGUGAAAGCCUGCGGCUGUUACAAUGUUGCUUCCAUUCGCAUCUUCUCCACCCCUCCCCAUUCAUCCAUUCAUCUGGUUAACUCUGGAUUGCCCUGCCAAGACCAGUUCAGUCUGGGAUAGCGCACAAACCAUGAUCGGCUCGUCACAUUUUUUUUCUUUUUGUUUUUGUAAGCACGAGCCAGCAGUGAUGAAGAUCUCGGAGUCAGCGGUGACUCAUUGCGCACGAUCACUCAGUCAAGGUGCUUAAAUUUUGUGCCUGACUGUGGUGGAUCGAUACCUCUAAGACCCAUAUUCUACGUGGAAGGCGUGGCUUGGUGUCAUCGACACAGGCUGACUUUUCCAUAUUCAUCCCUAGGUUUUUUUUUCUUUCUUUCCCCCCCCCUCGUCUCACUGACGCGCAAUCGGCACCCAACGGCACGGGGCAUAAAUCGUCUCGCAAGGAAAUUGCAAAAAGUUAAUGAUAGCACAGUGUGCAUCCGUUUCCAUCUCUGGAUAUACGGCAAUAUUUGAAGACUGAAGCAGUGACUCCGCCAUGGGAACUAACCCAAAAAGAACAGUAACAGUCCAGAUGGUGCCUCAGCUGGCUGGGGUGGACACACUGGGCAACAAGGAGUCUAAUGCCAACUGGGCUAAAGAGCCCAACCUCAAAGUCUCUCAGGUUUGUCCAAAACCCACCCUCAGAUCUCCCGACAAGCAGGAUAACCUGUCUCUGACGACUGCUAACGCCGCCCCCCACACAGAAAAAACAGGUUGUAAGGGAGGGGAACCAGUUACCACUGUGUCAGACAAAUCAGCUCCAGGCAAUGGAAACCAGAUAAAAUCUGAGCAAGUGUCAGGUGGAGACCACCAAACACCAAACCUGUCUGUAACAGGCCGAGAGGUGGGUGAGGCAGGAGCUGACCAGCGGGAUUCUAAUGCUAACAUGAAAACUCUGAGCCCAACCAGUGAAACGGGCACGUGUAAGGCCAGUUCCCUGUCUCCUGUUGCAGCAUCGGGCACCGACACGAACAGCAGUGAGUACAAAGUAAAAAACCCAGUUGCACCAGAAGAGAAGCAGGUACGGCUGACACCCUCAGUAGAAACUACAGCACGAGAGAAAAGUAAUGAACGCCUUUCUCCAAAUGACAAAAAACGUAACGACAGUGAUGUAAGGAGUACAGCAUCUGAAGUACAAGAUAAUAAAGAAACCAUUUCCAAUCCCCAAAGCAGGGACAUGGCUAUCCCACAGAAAUCUAAAGAGACUGGUCAUAUGCAAGGUUGCUCAUCAACGUCUGUUUCUUUACAAGAUCCAUCAAAACCCAAGCAAAGCAUGGAAACUCCGCUAAGCUCAGCCAAAGCCCCAUCUGAGAGUAAAGAUGCAGGAGCUGGACCAACAAACGAAAACUCACGGUCAACGCGCCCAGAGAAGGAAUUUGCAACAGUAUCGAGACCGCAGGUCUCCUCAGAUAAACACCAGCCAGUGUCCUCACAGAAAGACUCAUCCUCUCUGCCCCAGGCGACAAAAAGCACGCAGGCAUCCGAGCAGGUGGCUGAAGGAAGCAGCCAGACUGACACAGCUGUCUUUGAAGGGCAGCGGGACUCCAAGCUCUACACGGAGGCUUCGACAAUGACCUCAUCGCUAUCACCAGCCCCGGUCAAAAAGUGUCAUGAUAUGGAGGUUCAGGCAGUAGCUAAAAUGUGCAGUAAGGCUGUGGCCACGAGUCCUAGUCUGCUGCUUUUCCCUGUGACCCACAGGCCAAGCAGUAGUGCAGUCCCAGGAGAGGAGAGCCUGGCUGUAGUCUACCAGGUGAAAAGCGGCACCGCGACUGAUCCGAAGUCAGAGAGACUCACUGUAGAGGCACAAAUGUGCCCCAACCAAAACACCGGCAUGGUUUUCCAAUCAGAAACUUUGUCACAGCAGCAUGACUCCAGGCUAGGAGCCAAGCCUAAAGAACCGGGCGCAGCUCUGUGCAACAUCCAGCCGGUUUAUCAAAUCAACAUUGAACACAGCGAACCCAAGAAGCAAGCUGCAAAAACAGCCACGGCUGAAACUCCUUCUCUCAGAUCAGGGAUGCCCCCAGAGACAGCCGUUGUUCCUGUGCCUGGAUGUGCUGACAGCAACACUGCUGCGCAGGCCCUGCCAAAAACAACGACAACAACGACAACAGCACCAACGACAACAGCAGCAGCAGCAGCACCAGCAGCAAACACCACAUCCAAGUCAGAGCUCACUAAAAAUAGAGAUGUGAGUGCAAAAGACAAAAGCAAAGAAGCAGGAAGUAAAGCCCAGAGUAAGGAGACAAAUUCUGGCAAAAAGAAGGUGGAACCGGAGAGAAGCGACAAAGAGGACGAUCAGUCACGGAAGCAGAAAGGAAAGAGCAUCCACGACGUCGUCUGGGACGAACAGGGCAUGACGUGGGAGGUCUACGGGGCUUCCGUGGACCCCGAAUCACUCGGCUUUGCAAUUCAGAGCCACUUACAGAGCAAAAUAAAGGAGCAAGAGAGGAAACUGAUGGUCCAGACCUCGCUGCGAAAGUCAAUCUCUGGUGCUGAUUCGCCGCGACAUGGCAGCAAGAACAAAAGGAGGCAGCAGAACAUUUUCAGGUCAAUGCUGCAAAAUGUCAGACGGCCCAACUGCUGCGUGCGCCCCCCUCCCUCCUCCGUCCUCGAGUAGCACAGGACAGAGGUAGCCAUUGUCAGACUCCUCCCAUUUCCUAGAGGUCAAAACGUUUUUCCCUCCCCACAUCAAGAUUUUCAAUGCCAAGUGAAACAUUGACGCCGAUCCCUGUAAGUAAGUAUACUGGAAUGUCGUAGCAUAAAAGAGUCAAUACUUGUGAUGAUGUUUGUGAUCCAACAAGGUAGGAAAUAGAAAUAUCAAAUGAAACAAACAAGAAUUAAAUUAAAAAAAAACUUAUUUUUUAGAAAUCAAUAUGAGAGAGAAAACAGUUUUUUAAUAAAAAUAAAGAAAACAAAACAAAGGCAAUAACAGUGAAACGCAUGUAUUUCAGUUACAGUGACAGUUGUAUGACCUAAUAUGAAGUCCAAACCUUCACAGCAAGAGGCACUGAUCAUGGGAUAGACAUACUAACUCACUGUCAGGAUAUCUGUGCAAAUAUAUUCAACCGACGUCUCAUCGCAUCUGGUGCAUUUGAUAUAUGUUCAUGAGGUAUUUUCGUUUGUUUCCGGGGCCCUAUAUUUAUCAGGUUGCUGUGUUUUCUUUUCUUUUUAGUGAGUACUUAAAGGGGGCACUGUAUGCAUACAUGUACGCUGUUCGAUCUCUGUUCUUCUUUGGUUUUCUAUUAAAGUAAGCAAAAAAAUGCGUUGACUUUUACAACGUCAUUUCUCACUUUUCGUGGGUGUAGUGUUUCUGUCCUGGUGAUUCUUUUGUUUUGUUUCUAAAGGAGAUUCCACGUGUAAAUCGAAUGCAAAAACAUUUAUUUCGUCAGGACUCACACACAGGAAUAAACGGUUUUGAAAAUAAAUAUUUAAAAGACUAAAUGAUAAAUCAGAGUAAAGAUGCAGUCCUUAAAGAGAGCGUGAAGUACGUUCAGAGUGAAAGAUUUGCUCCAAACUAUAGGCACAGGUUUUAGUUGAGCACUUGCAGAGGAGGAAUAUUAAAGGGCUUGUAUCCACCCCUCAGUACAUUUUAGGGGGAACGUCUCCCCAUGUCCAUGUCCUGAAAUCUACAGCUAUGCUUCCCAGGAGGAAACUAAGCCACUAUGUUUCCUCCUGGGAGUCUUGGGUAGAGUUGGGGUCCUUAUGUAUGGAGACUGCAGGUUUUCUCUGUGCAUGCCAGCUGUAAUCUUCAGAAACAUGCAUGUCUUCUGUUACUGUGCUUUUACCAAGUUUACAUGUGGAGUUGGUCCCCGGUGGCUGAAUGUAGAGUAUUAGUUUCCCUUUAGCUUCCCUGUAUUGAUCAAUAAGCUUAUCUCUUUCACUGACAAGGUAUUUAAUGCUUGAAUAUUCAAAAAUAAAAUGUUGUGGGUUCAGACAGGCAAAUUUUAAAACCAGUACUUGCUGUAGCAUAAAUUCUACACUUUUUGUGUGAAAGAAGGUUUUAAAGAAACAACAACUACAGCAUGACUCAGAAUAAAAUAAAUAAAUGAGCAUAGAGUGAUAUAUACUAUUUUAAUCUGAGGACGACUUCGAAUGCUGCAUAAAAACCUGCUAAAGUCAGAGACACAAAGCCAGCCGGCGUAAGAAGAUGCAGCAGUGACUAACUGUUUCCUUUUUUUUCCAAAGAGGGACCUGAUGUUGAAGUUUUAAAAUAAAGAGGUUGAAAUCAGAAGGUGUUAAAAGUGUACUCGCGGGACCUGACAAAUUUCCUUUGCCUAGCUAUCUCAAUUUUUUUUUUAUCUUUGAAUGGAUAUAAACAUGCAGUAAUACAUCCGCAGCAGUGAAGUGUCCACCUUUGAUGCUGCGGGAAAUAUACGCUCGCCACUUCAGGGCCUCGGCUUGUUGCGGCCUGAAGUCUGAGUCAAAGCACAGAUUUAAGAGAUUGUUUUGAGAAGAACUCUUAAUGUGAAAACUGAUUUUUAUCUGCAUUUACCUGAAAAAGAAACCGCUUUAUUACGAGCAGCUGAAACGUCAGGUCAGUGGCAGGAUAAUUUUACCGUUUUCGAAGAAACAGAGAGAAAACAGACCUGCGGGACACAAACAGAUCUGACUGUUAUCGGCUGAUUUUUAAAACGUAUAGCGACUCAAAGGGAGUCAUUUCUGGAAAGUAAAAUAUUUGAAUAGUUUAAAUUGCCCAAGGGCAGGCUUUGGGGUCAAGGGAAGUCGCUUUGUUGCUUUUAACUCCUAAAAUCUGAUCAUUUUAGGGCUGCAGGGCCUUGAACCAUUUUGUACUUUCAUCUAAAGGUUUUGCAGCUGUUUUGACUCAGUUAAAAAAAACAAAAAACUCACGUUUUGGUAGCAGAUUAAUCAUUUAGGUCCCAGAAAACAUGGCAAACAUUGGCUAUUUUCAGCUUCUGAAAUGUAAGAAUUCAAUUCAGGGUCACAUGGGGGUUGAACACCAACAAGCUGUCACGGGGCAAGACAUGUUUUCCUAAAACUUGGGCUAAUGUUUGGACAAAACGAUUCAUCUGCUUCAGGUUCCAAGAAUUUUUAUUUUUUCUUUAUUUGCUAAUAUUGCACAUUGGAUGAUGGAGUGCCCAAUGCGCAUAAUUGCAGAGAUCUCUGUGUAUGAUUUGCCUGCACACCUAACUGAACCAGCUCUGUCCUUUGUGUGUUCUCCAGCCUUUUCUUUCCAAGGCCCUUUCUAAAACACUUCAGAGUGAAUUUACUGUCUUGAGUGGCAUAACACUGAUUUCAGGCGACUGCUCUUACUUUCUUAACAAGCACGUCUCUACAUAUUAACGUCAGGGCGUGAUAACAAGAACGAAAAAGUCCUCUAUGCCCGUUGUGCUGUGAAAUGUCACAACCUGUAAAGAACAGCGCAGUGUAUAUCUGUCCCACCCAAUACCUGACUGGAUUUUGUGAAACCAAAGCUCUUUCCACAAAAAACAAAAACAGGAAAUCUGUUUUCGUCUUCUGCUACAGCGCUGACUGAAAGGUGUCAAACCAAACUGUAACAUCGUUUCAGAUUCCAAGUUCAGUCUCAGGCAGUUGAUGCUUUCUCUCUCCUUUCCAUCAAGGUCAGUUUCACGCUCUUACAUUUCUGUAAGCCUGGUCACCAGCCUUAAUUCGUAUUCUUUCACCCCUGCUUUAAUUAGCCACGUUUCAAUUUUUAAUAACCCCCUACUCACUGUGUCAUUAUGACCGGUUCCUAUUUGGAAGUGCAGAUUAGAUUUGGCCACAGGCGGUGGGUAACACUGGGAAAGAUUUACAAUGACAAGGAGCACGGGGAGAGAUUUCAAAGUGAUACCACCUGCUGCUGCAACUAAAAGAGGACAGAGUUUAGCAUGCCUUCAGUGUUCACCUGUUUGGCUGCACUUGUUGUGACCUCCGUGGGUGUUUUAAUGAAAUGUGGCCUUUUUCCUGGUUUUAAACAUGUUAAUAAUUCUCUUUUAAAUACCAAAUAAUAAACAUGAUGAACACUGAAGCUCUGUUUACUACAGAAAGUAGGACUCUCAACAGUUCUGACUAAACACAACCAAAAUCCUCAGAAAAUAUAUUUUUUCAUCAACAACUGAUGACUCAUCACAAAAGAGUAAGUUACAUCAAAGGAUGCUUAAACUCAUAAUAUCUGUUAGUUACAUUCAUUGGUGUUCUAGAUCUUUUCUAGAGAAAUAUAUACUCUCACCAGCAGUGUUGGUCAAGUUACUUGAAAAAAGUAAUCAGUAACUAAUUACAAUUACUCCCC